AGCGUAGCUCAUACAUACGUACUCCUUGUCAGCUUACAUACUUACUUACUGACGAUCACCAUUUUCACCAAAAGGCACCACCAAAUCGGCAGAACACUGAUGCUGUACAACCCCGCUUGUUUCUUCCGGACCAGUCCCGGGGCAUCCGCCUCUCAACGUCUCUGUCACUAA